AACUUGCGUGCCCCUGCACUCCGUGUACUCACCUGGCUUUUCCACUUAACAUAUCGAACGUCACCUGAACCCGUUCAGGCUUGCUCGGGUAGUUGAUCGCAGACAGACAGGUAGAAGAGGUACAUGAUUGAGACAUGGACGAUUCUUUGAUUUCGUAGAGAAAGAAAUUCAUAAUCAAAUUGGAUUCUUGUAGCCGAAUUAUUUACAUCGCGACGUAUGUGCAAUGAACAAUGAGUUCGAUUUAGUGUCGGCGUGGUGCGCGUGUUCUUAUUUUUGUGCAAUUUAAGUGAAACAUUGUCUGGGACACCAAUCAAGCAAAGCAAACCAGUAGAAAGUGGAAUUGGUUGCAAUCAAAUUUUCAUUAGAAUUUAUUGGGCCAGUUCCAAAUGGUUCGCGUCCAAACAGUGACCGUUAGUUUAUAAUUAAAAGUGACGAUAAUUUCGGAGAAAAUUUAAUUUUAGCAUUUUAUAAAACCGCGAAACCGCGAUGACGGGCAAUAGCCUUGAGUGGACAAUAACUUUGAACCACUCGAACACUCAUUUCGAAUCACUGGCGCACUCGAAAGCCAUACUCAGUGGCCUGAACGAAUUAAGGCAGGAGGAGAAAUUAGUGGACAUAACUCUCGUGGCGCAGGGCGAGUCGUUUAAGGCACAUCGGGCUGUUCUGGCGGCAUGUAGCGAAUAUUUUAGAGCAAUGUUCACUGAACCAAUGAAAGAGGCCAAUCAGAGUGAAAUUCAUUUGAAUGGUGUCACUGCGCAGGGUCUGGAGCUAUUUAUAAUCUACGCAUAUACGUGUAAAUUGGAACUUAACCGCGAAAAUGUGCAGGACAUAUUAUCGGCGGCAAGUUACGUGCAAGUUGAAUCAAUCGUAAGUGCCUGCGCUAACUACCUAGAAACACAGAUUGACUUGGAAAACUGUGUAGACAUAGCUACCAUAGCGGAACUAUAUUCUUUAGAAGCGCUAAAAAAGAAGACUUAUAAGUUCAUCUGUUCACAUUUAGAAGAAUUCUCACGCACGAGUGAAGUAAACCGACUGACGUGGGAACAAUUUGAAUACAUCCUAAACUGUGAUUAUCCAGUAGACUGUAGUGAAGGCAAAGUCUUGCAAAUCGUCCUAAAAUGGAUUUCUACACAAAACCUUAGUUUGCAGAUAGCUCGAAAACUAUUUGAUCAGAUUCGCUUUAUAGAGAUACCACCGGAGGAUUUGGAGCGAAUCAUCAACGAAACUCAUGAAGAUCAAUCUAAGUAUUACCAUUCAUUGAUACGAGCGGCUCCAGUAGAAAAAAGAUACACAGAAGAUGACAUAAACAAAAGGCCAUUUUUAGCUGCUCGCGAUAAAAUUCUUGUAAAUUCACGCGGCAUGGAAAAAGCCAUAAUCAAAAUAGGCGGAUUUGGUGCUAAUGGCAUUACAAAUAAAAUCACAUACUAUUUACCCAGUAGGAAGAAAUGGUAUAAUUUGACCGUUAUACCUCACGUGGAGCAGUGCAAUUAUGGAACAACAGUAUUAGGCAACGACUUGUAUAUUGUAGGUGGAUGUUAUGAUGUUUGCUUACGCGAGUACAUUCACCCUUUCGGAUUUCGUUACUGUGCAACUAAGAAUAAAUGGAAUACUAUCGCACCAAUGCAACAAGAUCGCUGCAGAUUUUCGUUGAAUUCCGUUGGCAAUUAUUUAUAUGCAAUAUGUGGUGCUAGUGAACUCAGCGAUACGGAAGACUCAUGGCAUCCAGAUGUACCGCUCUCGAACUGCGAGAGAUAUAACGUAAAAACGGACUUGUGGGAGUAUAUUCCCGGCUUACCAGAAAAUCGAUCUCAACAUGCUGGCACUGUGCAUGGUUCCCAUAUUUAUAUUUCAGGCGGGCUAGAUAAAAAUAUUGUUCUAUCCUCUAUGUGGCGUUAUGAUACCAACAAUCAAUUUUGGGAAGAAUUAGCACCUAUGCUCGUACCGCGAACCGACCACGUUAUGAUUCAAUCUGAUGAUAAGAUUUACAUCUGUGGAGGCUGGUAUGAGGAUCCUGCAACAGCUAAUCGAUGUCUGGCUUCAACUAUAGAUGUAUACGAUAUUACAAAAAAUACCUGGUCGAUUGAAACAACCAUACCAACUCCAAGAUAUCACGCUGGCAUUGUCGUCCUUAAUGGAGUCAUUUACAUCACAGGAGGAUUACAUUCAGAUUCUAUGCUAGAUCGCGCGUCGUCAAUUGUAGAGGGUUACGAUAUUAAAAAUAAGAAAUGGACGCGACUGGAUCGAUAUCCACAACAUAACUGGGAAUGUACAUGCGUGACGCUUUAUGUUCCUCGAUGCAGGGAGGAUAUGGAAGUUCUGCCGGAAGAUCGAACCACGAAAAAGUGCCAUUGAGUGAUAGUGUUAAAGUCAUAUGGUGUGUAUGUUUUUAUAUCGGAAACGCAUGGACUUGCCUUGAUAUUUUACUCGGGAAUUUCUGUUUACAAGAAAUGUAUAAAAGUAAUUUAAUAUUUAGAAGUAUUAUGUUUUAUUUUAUUUAAAUUUCUACUGAUUGUAAGUUUUUAAACCUUAUUUAAUUUAAUAAAAAAACAUUUAUUUAUUUA